CCCCUUCCAAAAAAAGAAAAGAAAAGAAAAAGAGCAAUUCAUAAACAUAGUCACUCCCGCGUACCGCCACUGGCAUAUUUUCAGUGUAUCUUCGAGACUAGGCUUCAGGGCUCCAUUCAUUGGUGACAAUUUGACAGUCCGUGACUCUGAAAAUGGCGGAGGUGAAGCGGUGGAGCGUGACAUACACAAAGCACGUGAAGCAGAAGCGCAAGGUUUACCAAGACGGUUUCUUAGACCUCCACUUCUCCACCAACAAGGUCAUGCUCUACGAUGAUUGCGAGAAGCUAUUGGAAUGCAGGAUCUUGAAGAAAGAUGAAGCAGUUAGUUGCGGCGAAACACUGACAUUCAAUGCAUAUCUCAUUGAUGUUGGCGAACCCGAGGGUGAUCAUAAGCCUACAAUAUCUGGUUUGAAUUGUCAAGGAAGAGAUGAGAAAAUCACUGAGAAACCGAGUCAUUGGCGUGGACAAAAGUUUAGGAAUCAUUCGAUUUCUUUUGAUAGAAAGAACAAUGUGGAGAUGAACAAAGCACGGCCAACUUUGAGCCCAUCACAGAAGAUUAUUAGAGAGUUUAAGAAGAGCGAACUGCACAAGUAUAAAGCACCACAGAGUAGUCCAGAUACAAAAAAACCAAGCGCAACAGAAUGGCAGGUUCUGUACACUACACAAAUAACUCAAAAGGCCAAAAAGUAUCAUGAUGGAUUUCUACGACUUCCAACAUGCGGAACUCUUGGGAGGCAGGUGAUCCUAUUUGAUGCAAGCAGAAAACUAUUAGAUAGCAGGUUCCUUAAGAAAGAUGAAGUGAUAAGAUCUGGUGAAUCAGUAGCUUUUGAUGGUCAUUUGGUUGAAGUUGGAGAACUUGAUGGAGACCAUAAACCUCUCAUGGAUUUGAAUGUUCAAGGAAACAAUCUCAAUGUUGUUAAGAAAAAUGGGAUAAUGCAUGGACAAGAGAACUGUAUUAACCUCAAUAAACCUGUUGGCCAAGAGUUCAAGAAGAGUGAACUGGACAAGUAUGGAGCACCAAAGAGUAUUCAGGAUACAGAAAAUACUAGUUUAACAGAAUGGCAGGUCCUGUACACUACACAAUUAACUCAAAAAGCCAAGAAGUAUCAUGACGGUUUCUUGCGACUUGCAAUUUGCGGCUCCCUGGGGAGGCAGGUGUUGCUAUAUGAUGCAAGCAGGAAACUUAUAGAUAGCAGGUUUCUGAAGAAAGGUCAAGCUAUAAGAUCUGGUGAAUCAAUAGCAUUUGAUGCUCAUUUGAUUGACAUUGGAGAACCUGAAGGAAACUAUAAAUCUCCAGUAGAUUUGAUUCAUUUGAAUAUUCAAGGGAAAGAUGGAAAUAUCAUUAAAAAAUCAGGAUUAAUGCAUGGGCAACAGGAUUGUCAUAAAGACAGAAAAUCCAUUGUAAAGGGGGCACUGCAAAUCAAUGCACAUUCAGAAAAAGAUUCAGAUUCAAAAUUUAGCAUCUCUAGUGUAGAUGAGAUCAAAUUAAGCAGCAGAGUACCUACAGAAAAGCCUUUGCGUGACGCCCAUAAAAUCUUGUCUUUCCUCCAAAAACCUACGGCUUGGGGAAGCAAUGUUGUAGGCAAUAUGGACGACUGCAAAAUUGAACCAGCUUCCACUACUAAGGGACAUCAAUUUUCAGAUGUUAUUGUACUGGAUUUUCCUGAAGAUGGUGAAAUAGUGAGAGCAUCUUUGCAAUGUCAUGAAUCAAAUCAAAAUGCAGGUGUUGUGGAAUCAAGUCAAAAUUUAGGCAUGGGAGAAUCAAGUAAAAAUAUAGGCAUUGGGAAUUCCCCUAAUCUUAUGUCUUUGGAAGCAAUAUCUAGUUGUAGUGGCAGUGAAUUGUCCAAGGGUGUCAACCAUGGAAACUCCCACCAGCCUUGUUCAGACAAAGUUGAAGCUGAUGCCAAGUGGUGUGAUGGAGAUUUUGCUUUUGGUAAAUCAAGCUUGACUGCUUCUGCUUCUCAUGGUCUUAUUGAUGAUGUAAGGAAGACUUCUAUGCAGCAUACAUGUACAAGGGAAAUAGAUGACUGUCCUAGUUUUGAUCUAGGAUUUUGAAAAUUAUCUGAUACAUAACAAUGUACCAUGUAUCUGUCUUUGAAUACUAAUAUCUGUGAUUUGCUGUUAUCUUGAAUGAGCUGAUCACUCACAUAGAGCCUACUCAAUAUAUUGUCACAUAAUUCACACAAUUGUACAUGCAUGGGAGGCAGUAUUAAGACCAAAAUAACCCCAACUGUUGGGUUUCCAACUGUCUGAUACACUUUAUUUUAUUUUAUUUUAUAAAAAUCUGAUUAUUCAGCUUGAA